AGGCGAGGCGAACGGUGCUACGGGAGGAGGUGCGCGGGAAAGUUCUGGCGCUGGAAUUGGCGGCGGUUAACGGUCGGUGGUUGCCGCUCGCCGCCUCGCCACCAUGGUGAUGCUGAGGAGCGGCGCGUCCCUGUGCCUCAACUCCAGCUCCGAGUUCAUCGCCUUGUCUGUCGGCGACAGCCCGGCUUUCGGCAAGAGAGGCCGGGGCUCGUCGAGGUACUUAUCCAGGAAUGUGAAGGAAAGCAGCAAUGGUAAUCUGUUCCCUGUCUUGAAUAAGAAAACUCAGUUGCACCUAACUGACACCUCCUUAGAUUCAAGUUGCAAUGAAAAGACCAUGGAAGAGUCGUGUGAUAAUGGGGAAGAAGUACAAUCAUUUACCAGGCAAUCAGUAAGACUAAAAACAAAAGGUAGAAAUAAAGUUCCCAUCACCCGAUCAGUCCAGUGCAACAGAUCUGAAAUGGAAGUGGAUGGAGUGCAAGAAGAAGGUGGUAUUGAUACAGAAGUGCGGCGCAGUUGUCGGCUCCGAAGAAAUCGCUACAACACCUUAAACCAAUCUGUGCUCUUUGAUAAAUUGAUCACAAACACUGCUGAAGCAGUUUUGCAGAAAAUGGAUGACAUGAAGAAACUGCGUCGUCAGAGAAUGAGAGAAUUGGAGAAUUUAAGAGUAAUCAAUGAUACAGAAGAAGAAGAAGAGAAUCUGGAUGUGUAUUCAUGUGUGAAAAAGAAAAGAACAACUCAAACAAUAGAUGAAGAAACCACAGAGGAUCAUGAAGAUGGGAGUGGUGAGUUAUCUGAAGAGGAGGGUGAAGAUAGAGAAGAAGAUGGCGAAGAGGGCACUCCAAAGCGCUACUAUUUACGCCAAAGGAAAACUGUUGUGAAAUGCCAAGCCCCAGAACCAGAAAGAAAGCGAACCAUAUUUUAUCGUGGUCCCACUUCUCCUGUGAGACAAAGAUAUCGAUUUAGUACUUCAGGCUCUCGUAGUCCCUACCGCAAGAGAAAAAUAACCAGGCGAAGACAUGCAAUACACAGCAGUGAUUCGACCUCCUCUUCAUCAUCUUCAUCUUCUGAUGAGGAAGAGGGGCACUUUGAGAGAAGAAGAAACAAAACAAGGAGCAGAGCACUUUUGAGAUGUCUCCCACUGAAUGUUAGGAAAGAUGACAUGAAAGGAAUUUACAGAGAUCGGAUGAAAAUAGGUGCUAGCCUGGCAGAUGUGGAUCCAAUGCAAAUUGACACUUCUGUUCGUUUCAGUAGUGUGGGUGGACUUACAAGCCAUAUUGCUGCACUGAAGGAGAUGGUGGUUUUUCCAUUGCUUUACCCUGAAGUCUUUGAGAGGUUUAAGAUUCAGCCUCCAAGAGGCUGCUUAUUCUAUGGUCCUCCUGGGACAGGGAAAACCCUUGUUGCCAGAGCUUUGGCUAACGAGUGCAGCCAGGGAGAUCGGCGAGUGUCCUUCUUCAUGCGAAAGGGUGCAGACUGCCUCAGUAAGUGGGUAGGGGAAUCUGAACGACAGCUUCGGUUACUUUUUGAUCAGGCCUAUCUUAUGCGCCCUUCAAUUAUCUUCUUUGACGAAGUAGAUGGCUUGGCUCCUGUUCGUUCCAGCAGACAGGAUCAGAUACAUAGUUCCAUAGUUUCUACUUUGCUGGCAUUGAUGGAUGGGCUGGAUAGCAGAGGUGAGAUUGUGGUGAUUGGGGCAACAAACAGACUGGAUUCCAUUGAUCCUGCUUUAAGAAGACCUGGGCGGUUUGAUAGGGAAUUUCUUUUUGGUCUCCCAGACAAAGAUGCCCGUGAAGAGAUUUUGAAAAUCCAUACCAGGGACUGGAAUCCAAAGCCAUCAGAUGCAUUUCUCCAGGAACUGGCAGAGAAGUGUGUAGGUUAUUGUGGUGCCGAUAUUAAAGCUGUCUGUGCUGAAGCAGCACUGUGUGCCCUGCGUCGUCGGUACCCCCAGAUUUAUGUCACCACUGAGAAAUUGCUGCUAGAUGUAUCUUCCAUUAACAUCACAGCACAAGAUUUUGUGAAGGCCAUGCAAAAGAUCAUGCCCGCUUCUCAGCGGACAGUGGCCUCUCCUGCACAGGCACUGUCAUUUGUUGUCAGGCCACUCCUGGAGAACACCUUCAGUAGAAUUCUAAAUGUGUUGGAAAAGAUUUUCCCAUAUGCAGAACAAGACUUUAAAAAGAAUGGCGAGAUUGAUGGAAUAAGCCACAUACUUAAUGAUGGUAUCUACAGUGAUGAUGAAGGUCCAUCUGUUUUUGAAAAUGGACCAAAUCAAAAAUCGUCCAGUAAACAGGACCAUGGCAGAUCUUUCCUCAGUUACAGCAGGUGUGCCUAUCACCAACCAACCUCUUACAGACCAAGGUUACUGCUGGCAGGGGUACGGGGUUCAGGUCAGAGUUCUCAUCUAGCCCCUGCCCUGCUUCACAAUUUGGAAAGAUAUGCAGUGCAUACACUAGAUCUUCCAGUGUUAUAUGGUGUUAGUACCACAUCACCCGAAGAAACCUGUGCAAUGUUGUUCCGAGAAGCUCGAAAGACAGCCCCAAGUAUAUUGUACAUUCCUCACAUUGAUCAAUGGUGGGAAUCAGUUGGAGACACCUUGAGAGCUACGUUCAUUUCAUUACUUCAAGAUAUUCCUUCGUUUACCCCAAUCUUGCUACUGGCAACAUGUGAUGUUCCACAUAAUGAGCUGGCGGAAGAGGUAAAAGAAUUGUUUGCUCGCCAUUCUGGAGAAGUUUUCAAUGUUCCACUUCCUAACAAUGAAGAAAGGAAGAAGUUUUUUGAAGACCUGAUACUGAAGCAGGCUGCAAAGCCCCCAUCGUCCAAGAGGAAAGCUAUUCUUCAGGCUUUGGAAGUCCUUCCAAUUGCACCACCACCAGAACCACAGCGUCUCUCUGAGGAGGAGGUAAAGCGGCUCGAAGAGGAAGAGGAAGGCACUUUACGGGAGCUCAGGCUUUUCCUUCGAGAUGUGACACACAGACUGGCAAACGACAAACGCUUUAGAGCUUUCACCAAGCCUGUUGAUGUAGAGGAGGUUCCAGAUUACUGCACAGUUAUCAAGCAGCCAAUGGAUCUCUCGACAAUAAUGUCAAAUAUUGAUCUGCACAAAUACAUGACUGUAAAAGAGUAUCUGCAUGACAUAGAGUUGAUCUGCAAUAAUGCACUGGAGUAUAAUCCGGACAGAGAUCCUGCUGAUCGUUUAAUCAGACACAGAGCCUGUGCUUUGAAAGACACUGCCUAUGCGAUUAUGAAAUCUGAACUUGAUGAAGAAUUUGAAAAACUCUGUGAAGAAACUCAAGAAUCUCGAAAAAACAGAGGCUGUUACUCUUCCAAAUUUGCACCCAUAUUUUAUCAUGUGCUACCAAAGAAUUCCACCGUAGAUAAAAGGUCAGAUCUGGAGCUUUCCUCUCAAAGAGUUGACUUAUCCUCACCAGUAUCUGCAAGCACACCUUCAACUUUAGGUCAUUCAAAGAGGAAAUACCGUCGAAGUAGAUGGCACCGUGGUAUAUAUAAAUGUAAACGCAAGAGGCCGUCACAAAACAUUUCUGAGGAUGCAGAUAGUGAAGAUGUAAUUGAGGGAAUAGACAAUCCUGAUGAUUCAAGGGUAGAUAAGACGGACUGCAAUGAAGAUGUCUUUCUAGAAACUCAAAAGCAACAUCUCCAUAAUGGAUGUGGCAUCAAUAAAUUAACUGAAGAGAUUACUGAAGAGCAGCCUGAUGCACUUGUGUCUGCUGGUGAAAACGUAUGCAAGAAGAGAAAGCUUUCUACCAAUGAGACAAAAUGGGAAGAAAAUGAACUGGGUAAUGGGUAUUGUCAUAAAAACCAGCAACUGGAGACAAGUGAGCACAGGGAAAGGAGGGACAAACCAUAUCAUUCAGAAGAUAAUUGCUCUAUUUUGCAUAUGACCCGGAGCAAGCGAGUUCAGGUGGAACAGCAGCAACACAUUAAUGUGGAGAAAGCAAUGAAGGUCCUAUCUGAACACACUCCUUCUGUAAUUGUAGAUCAUGAAAGGCUAAUGGAUCUCUGGAAACUGAUCACUCUGAAAAGUGAAGGAUGCACUGUAACUCGCCUUGAAAAAUUGUAUGCUGUGCUCAGUCAAUGCAUCUAUUAUCAUCGUAAGGAGUUUGAUAAGACUAUGUUGAUACAUGAAAUGGAAAAUGAAGUGAGGAAGUUAUGUCAGUCUUGAGCACAUUGAACGUGAAUGGAUUUUGAAUCGAGUUUCCAGUCACUGUUUUGGACUGGUUAGUUUUUUUUAAAUAAUGUUAAUGGUUGUAACAAUUAAAAAGUAUUCCCAUUUAUUAACCAAAGCAAGUUAUAUUUUUAAUGUAAAUAUAUUCCAGCAAAAAAUGUAUUAUGUUAAGCUAAAGCUUUUGCCAUAUGUUUAUAAUCGCUACCUUUUGUAAUUUGUAUAAAAUAUAAUAAAUUUUGAUGAAAGAA